AUGGAGCCGACGUUGUACUUGAUGUUCUGUGGGAUUUUGCAGUCGAUGCGGAUGCUGUGGAUGGGGUCGUCGAUGCGAUCGUCUCCACGAUGUCCUGCACCUUCUUGCCUCUUCGGCAUCUUCGACGGCCACGGCGGAAGACAAGUCUCCGAAUAUUGUUCUCAGGUCAUCCCGAACAAAGUGGUGGAGUUGUGCAAGUCAGUGGAGCAGGCCAAUACCAUGGCGGCCACGCUCGUCAAGUACGCCAAGAUGAACGGCAGCAAGGAUAAUGUCAGUGUUAUGAUCCUCAAGUUUUGA